AUGCAUUUCUCGCACCCAUCGCCACCUCAGCUGCGUCUACAGAUGACCAAUUUCGAUCAGGGCGAUACCAUUGUCGUCGGAGUAUGCUAUCCAACGUGGGGAGUAAACUUUGUCGUCCAGCGAAACUUGGUCUACGGUUGGCAUACCGUUGUCACCAACAUGACACAAGGAAACUCUAUCGCCGAUGUCAACAACGAUGUCCAAGGAAAUACAUGGUACUACGACCAGAGAACCGGUUUACUAUUCCUCAGAUUCACACAGCUGAAUGCACGACCCUGGACACAGUAUUGUCCACUCGAGGGUUGUGAAUCUCUAAAUAUUGUCGCUUCCGGAUCCGGUAUGGGAACGAACACCGGUGACUGCUCGGGUGCCGCCUACGGAACUGGAACCUACGCCAAGAUGGAGUACGCAACACGUGGUGGUUGCAAUGGAUCACCAGAGCUAGAAUAUGACUCAUGUGGUAUAUGUGGUGGAAAUGGUUCACUAUGUGCUAAAGGUACCAAUGACAUCAAUGCUUCCACUAAACUAAUAAUUUCAACUCCACUACUUUCUUUAAUUUUCAUUUUAACUCUAUGUAUAUUAUUAUAA